AUGGUCGGUGACAACUCUGUUCUCACAACAUUAAAAUGGUUGUUUUUUUUGAAAGUUAAAAAAUAUUCAAUAUAAGAUGAGGAAAUAUGCAAGAUACACAACCCUCCUCAAAGGGUACAAAAAAGGCCUAGCCAGAAGAAAAAACAACCACAAAGCCUAAAGCAACAGAACCCCAACAAAAGACCGCUCUAAACAUGCAAAAGAGCCCAAAAAAAAUACAGCUCACAAACACCCAAAAUAACCCAAGAAAAGGACCAAUGAAAACCAAAAAGACCAAAACCCGAAAGAGGCGCUAAGGAUCUCCAUAGAGUCUUGGAUGAGUUGCAACGAGAUGGUCGGCUAAGCUCUGGAUGGAAUCCUCUUCAGAACCUAUGGGAACAACCCCAACUUGUUUGGCAAUAAGAAAGAUCCUCUGAGCUCUUGUCAACGCACGAACAGACCCACGUGCUUCAGGAAGAAUCAAAGAAGGACCCCUCUCCGGAGAAACAUCAGUCCUCAAAAUCUCAGCAACCUCUUCAACCGCCUGCUUACGAGAGUCACUGCCUUUCCUUGGACGACCCCUCCUCCGACGCUCAGUCAACGGAACCUCCUCGGCACCCUCCAAGAGAUCACCCACAGAAGCACAAACCGGAGAAGAGAGGAAGCCUGAAUCCCCCACACAACCACCAACCGAAGAGACAGGGAUAGGAGCACCCUGCCCCUCUCUUUCCGAACCCAAAAGCACGCAAACAGAACCUCCAGAAUCAAGGAUCUCCGGGAAAAGGAGCUCUAGCGCACAACCAAGAGGAGAACAAACCCUAGAGAGACCUGUCAGCAUCUUCUCUUCAUCAGCAGACAUACCCACUUCACGACAAACCUCCUUCAUCCUCCUCGCUGGCCUCGGCGAAGACGGCGGAGAACCCACCUCAGCAAAUUGAUUGAGACCCCCUGACCUUGGAAACCUUGCCAAAGCAACAGACAGAAAGGAGCCCCCCACCAGCGCACCAUUGAAGAGGCCAACUCCACCGACGGAAACCUCACAAACCCGAAUCUGAAAGCCCUUCCUAUUCGCCUCUGUCUCUGCACAAACACAUUGAGAAGGCUUCCAAUAUGGCUGAAGAGACCACGAAUUUGAGAGUAGUCGACGAAAUCGGAAAUCCCGUCGACAAAGAGGGUGACCGAUUGAGAGUUGUUGUAUCGUGCUUGAAUUGGACAUUAUACAUAGACACAGGAAAUCACUCCGAUUUGGACUCUCCAUCAUUCCAGCACAAGAAGAACUUCCAUCAGGCAUUGAAGUUUUUCUUCAUCAUCAUCUUUCAUCCGAUUUUGUUCUCAUGCUACGCACUUCCCAAACGGUCUUAUUUUUUCUCAUUCAUUCUCCUCAUUCGUCAUCUCUCACUCUUGAUGACUCAAACAGUUCGUGUGCUCCAUGCGUGGGAAAUAAGAGAUUUCAAUAAACCUAAAAUUGUUAAUAGUAUUGAACUACUCUUAAUCGUUGAAAAUGUAAUCACUUUUUUGUUUUUCCCACUUUCAUGGUACCUAAUUCAAACUAUUUAUUGUUACCAUAACAAAGUUUAUGCGAUUCAAAAUGUUAUGGUUCAAGCAUCUGCUAGAAAAUAUAGAGUCACAAAGCAUAAAUACAAGAUUACUUGA